GCCUCAGGUCUGGGUCUGGCCGGUAUGAGUGACAUGUUCAUGGCCUGCGUCUGCAUCUUUACCCCAAUGCUGUUGGUAGGGUUUUUUUGACUACUUCAAAUAGUGCACGGAGGAGCGAGUCUGAUUAAGCGCCCAAAUGCUCUGACGGACCGUAUGCAAGGAGUCGUGCGGAUGCUCAAACCCCCGUGUAUUAUAUGCUAUUUAUUGUGGGCUUGGACUCUGGCGCCCACACAUUUGCGGUGCCAUGCAGGCGUCAGCUCAAUUCAGCCAAUACUAGUACUAUAUCUAAUAUUGAGCAAAAGUAGGCCCAAUUCGUACCUAAUUACUGCUGCAUGCAUACAGUCUCAAUCACCGUCUACAGAGGAAAAGAAGGAAGAAAAAAAUGGCUCACCUUUUCCAAUAUCCGAUCAUCUCUAGCAAAUGGAUCCAGCACACCACAAUUAAACACAGGUAGCAAGAAAAGCGAGGAAACCCAAAGAGUCAAGUACGUCCCCUGUU